GCCCCCAACCUCGCUGUGGCCUGCGGCUCCCGGGCCGGUAGCGUCGCUGUCGGUCGCGCGCGGGCGGCUUGUGUGGGAACGCGGGUCCCCGACGCUGGUUGCCGGCCGCAGCUCCGAGCUCAGCGCCGCCAGGCCGGUCGGCCCGGAGCCCCCGCCAUGGACUUCGAGGACGAUUACACACACUCCGCUUGCAGGAAUACUUAUCAGGGUUUUAAUGGAAUGGAUCGAGAUUAUGGCCCUGGAUCUUAUGGAGGGAUGGAUCGUGACUAUGGCCAUGGAUCCUAUGGGGGUCAAAGAUCCAUGGACUCCUACCUAAACCAGUCAUAUGGCAUGGACAAUCACAGUGGUGGUGGUGGGGGUAGCAGGUUUGGACCUUAUGAGUCUUACGACUCCAGGUCUUCUCUGGGUGGGCGAGAUCUGUACAGAUCUGGCUAUGGUUUUAAUGAACCCGAACAAAGCCGCUUCGGAGGUAGUUAUGGUGGUCGAUUUGAGAGCUCCUACCGGAAUAGCCUUGACUCUUUCGGAGGUAGAAACCAGGGCGGGUCUAGCUGGGAAGCACCUUACUCCCGUUCAAAAUUGAGGCCUGGGUUUAUGGAGGACAGAGGAAGAGAGAAUUACUCUUCCUACAGCAGUUUUUCUUCACCCCAUAUGAAGCCUGCACCUGUAGGCUCUCGGGGGAGAGGAACGCCUGCUUAUCCUGAAAGUACGUUUGGAAGCAGAAACUAUGAUGCUUUUGGAGGACCAUCAACAGGCAGAGGCCGAGGCCGAGGACAUAUGAGUGAUUUUGGAAGCAUUCAUAGACCUGGAAUUGUUGUUGACUAUCAAAAUAAACCCGCCAAUGUGACAGUUGCUGCUACAAGAGGAAUAAAGAGAAAAAUGAUGCAACAAUUUAAUAAGCCCAGUGGAACCUUCAUCAAGAAACCCAAGCUAGCAAAACCUGUGGAGAAGAUGAACCUCAGCAAAUCACCUGAUAUCCUAGCAAAAAUUGACCUAAAAAAUGAAGAAGAAGAAGAAAAGCGGCGAAUUGAGGCUCGGCGAGAGAAACAAAGGCGCAGAAGGGAAAAAAACAGUGAGAAAUAUGGAGAUGGAUACAGAAUGGCAUUCACAUGUUCAUUUUGUAAAUUUCGAACUUUUGAAGAAAAAGAUAUUGAACUUCAUCUGGAAAGUUCUUCACACCAGGAAACAUUAGAUCAUAUUCAGAAACAAACUAAAUUUGAUAAAGUAGUUAUGGAGUUUUUGCAUGAAUGUAUGGUGAAUAAAUUCAAGAAAACAUCUAUUCGUAAGCAACAGACAAAUAAUCAAACAGAAGCAGUCAAAAUAAUUGAAAAAGAUGUUAUGGAAGGUGUCUCUGCAGAUGAUCACAUGAUGAAAGUAGAGACUGUUCACUGCAGUGCUUGUAGUAUGUAUAUCCCUGCUUUAUAUAGCUCAGUUCAACAACACUUAAAGUCUCCUGAUCAUAUCAAAGGAAAGCAGGUUUAUAAGGAACAAAUCAAAAGAGAGAGUGUCUUGACUGCUACAAGCAUUUUGAAUAAUCCAAUAGUGAAGGCGCGAUAUGAACGUUUUGUCAAGGGUGAGAAUCCUUUUAAAAUUCAAGAUCAUUCUCAAGAUCAGCAAAUAGAAGGAGAUGAAGAGGAGGAAGAAAAGAUUGGUGAACAUAUUGAAGAGGAGGAAGAAGAGGAGGAAGAAGAGGAAGUGGGAGAAGUGGAGGGAGUAGAGGAAGUGGAGGCAGUAGAGCAAGUAGAGGGUGUAGAGGAAGCAGAGGGUGUAGAGGAAGCAGAGGGUAUAGAGGAAGCAGAGGAAGUGGGGGAAGUAGAGGAAGCGGGGGAAGUAGAGGAAGCGGGGAGAGAAGGUGAAGGAAUAGAGGGAGAGGGAGAGGGAGACACUGAGGGGACGGGGGAAGGAGUGGGAGUGGAGGAAGGAGGGAAAGAAGCAGCAAAAGAAGAGCAUGUCAGCCUCCCUGCUGACCAACCAGAAAAAAAUUAAAUAUAAGGUAUUAGAUAUAAAAGAAGCUUUAAAUUUCUGUUCUAAUGUGGAAAAGGGUAAGAAUUUUAAUAGUUUAAAACAUGAGAGUUAACACCCAUGUUGCAUGCAUUCCACACAUUAAAAUUUUAUUUUAUAUAAUUUUUAAAUGUUUGGCAUUUGUUUUAAUAAAAUGAAGGUAUUAGUUUAGUUUUUAUAGUUAUCCAACUUAGAUUCGAUAAAUUGUAUAAUUUGUAAGCUUAAUUUUUAUUACUUUAUUGGUGUUAGGAUAACAGAUAUGCAUUGUUAGUAUAUCUAUUCUAAUCAUUUGAACUUAAAUGCUGCUCUUGGGAGUAUAUAUUCAAGUGUGCAUUAAUGUUUUGAAUACUUACCCUGGAAGAGAUUUAAUUGGGCAAGUAUUUUGUGCUCUGUGUAUUUUUUUACGGCAUUGAACAUUGAAUAGUAAUUUGCGUUAAGAUACGCUUCAAGGCUUUUUGUGACCAUGUUUCCCUUUGUAGUAAUAAAAUGUUUUUU